AUACUCUCUUUUUUUUUCCCUCCUUCUUUAUUCUAUAUCCUUUUUCAAUGCUGAUAAUUGAAACUUCUCUUUUCUCUUUUCUCUCUCUCUCACUAUCCCUACAGUCACGCCCACACUCGCAUAUUUCCACCGUAACUCAAGCCAACCUUCACUAUCAGUCCAGUCAACUGUUAUCUUGAAGCUAAGCCCCUGUCUCCGAGGCUCCGUUACUUUGAUAAUAGUAGUUGCAGCAUUCCGCCCAUAUUUUCUUCCUCUUCCCUCCUCUCCAACCGCCAGCGAAGCAUUCGAUGUUAUUACUUCUUCGCUGUUGCCGUGUUCACUGAUUUUCAUUUCCCAUUCAAAGUAGCAUGGCACUACCAGUUUGCAGAAAACGACAGCUGUCUCCUUACGACACGAUAUAUCUCUAAAGAAAAAGGAAAUUAUUCAUAUUUGGCUCGGGCACCUGCCUGAGCUGUCCCAACUUGGCCGAGCUAACUUCACAACUAAUAUACACCCAGUGACAUAAGUGUUGUUGUCUCUGUCGACACAAAAACCACCCAACAGAAGUAUGGCAGCAAUUCACGAGGGACCCGAAUAUGGAAUCGGGGAUUUUGUUUUACUAUCCGACCUCACGUUGGAUAGCUUUAUGGACAAUUUAAAAACUAGGUUUCAGAAAAAUCGAGUUUAUACUUACAUUGGUGAAGUGGUUGUUUCAUUGAAUCCUUACAAAUCCAUGGAAAUCUAUGGAGAAAGCUAUAUAUCAGAGUACAAAGGCAGAGAGCUAUAUGAGCGUCCACCCCAUAUAUUCGCCCUUGCAGACAGUGCUUAUAAAACGAUGAAACGCACAAACAAAGAUACUUGCAUUGUGAUAUCAGGGGAAAGUGGAUCUGGGAAGACUGAAGCCUCAAAGAUUAUUAUGAGAUAUAUUGCAGCUGUAACAAACAUUAGCGGGCAACAAGAAGUGGAACGGGUCAAAGACAUCUUAAUUAAAUCUAAUUGCAUUCUUGAAGCCUUUGGCAAUGCCAAAACGAAUCGUAACGAUAAUUCUAGUCGGUUUGGAAAAUAUAUGGACAUAAAUUUUAACUUCAAAGGAGACCCUAUCGGAGGCCAUAUUCAGAACUACCUGUUGGAGAAGUCACGGGUGGUUUAUCAACAAGGAGGAGAAAGAAAUUUUCAUGCUUUUUAUCAGCUUUUGUUUGGUGCAUCUGAAGGCAAACUGAAAGAACUCGGUCUUGAGAGGAAUGCGGCUCACUACCAUUAUAUUAACCAAGGAGGAGAACAGAAAGUGAACUCAGUAAAUGAUCGCAAGGAUUACCGGACUGUCAUGGAAGCUAUGAAAGCUUUAUCUUUUAAUUUUAAACACGUGGAAACCAUUUGGAAGAUUGCUACUGCCAUUCUUCUUCUGGGAAACAUUGAUUUUGAAGUUAAUGAAGAAGUCCUUGGCAUAUCUUCUAACUCCAACCUCUCUACAAUUGCUUCUUUGUUGUCUAUUAAUGUUGAAGACUUAGAAACUACUUUGUGCUCACGUGUUGUGGCAGCCGGUGGGGAUGUUGUGCGAAAAGAAUUCACUAUAUCAGAUGCAUUCUAUACACGUGAUGCUCUGGCGAAGGCCACAUAUGACCGGAUGUUUACUUGGAUUGUUGACCGGAUCAAUGAAGCUAUUGAUGUGAACGCUACCGGGUUUUCUUCCUCUGGAAAACAAACUGUCAUUGGAGUACUUGAUAUAUAUGGCUUUGAGAUUUUUGAAAAUAAUAGUUUUGAGCAAUUUUGCAUUAAUUAUUGUAAUGAGAAAUUGCAACAGUUGUUUAUUGAGUUGGUUUUGAAACAAGAACAAGAUGAAUACAACAGCGAAGGAAUUGAGUGGGUCCAUGUAGACUAUUUCAACAACAAAAUAAUCUGUGAUUUGGUUGAACAAUCCCAUAAAGGAAUAUUGGCUUUAUUGGAUGAAGCUUGUCUCACCCCAGGGAAAAUGACUGAUGCGAAAUUCUUAGAAGAACUUUCCAAAACCCUCAAUAAACACAAACAUUUCACUUGUCGUGCUUUGUCACCAGCAGAUAAAGGCAUGGAACAUGGCCGAGAUUUUCGGAUAAAACAUUAUGCAGGAGAUGUGACAUACAAUGUCAAUGGAUUUUUGGAUAAAAAUAAAGACACUCUCUACCAAGAUAUUAAAAGAAUGCUUUUUAAUAGCAAAGACGAAUUACUAAAACUUAUGUGGCCAGAUGGCAGCCUUAAAAUAUCUGAGACCACAAAACGUCCCCCGACUGCUGGUACCAACUUCAAAAACUCAAUAAUUGCACUUGUAGCCAAUUUGGCAAGCAAAGAACCCCAUUAUGUGCGAUGCAUCAAGCCAAAUGAUAUCAAAUCUCCCGUACACUUUGACGAUGAAAGAAUCCGUCAUCAAGUGAUGUAUCUUGGAUUAAUGGAAAAUGUCAGAGUCCGCAGAGCUGGUUUUGCCUUUAGAUCAACAUAUACCAGAUUUCUUAGUAGAUAUAAAUGUAUUUGCUCAGCAACCUGGCCCAACUAUAAUGGUGCAGUGAAACAAGGGGUUAAGGAAAUCGUUACAGAACAUAAUUUCAGUCCAGAAGUGGAAUAUGGCAAAACAAAGAUUUUUAUACGUUCACCCAAAAUACUUUUCUAUUUAGAGGAAUCAAGAGAGAAAGUUAUACCGUCUCUGGUCCUCAUUCUUCAGAAGAUGUGGCGUGGUACUUUAGCCCGUAGAUAUGUGAAUCGGCUACGAGCUGUGUAUGCAAUCAGAAAUGCUUAUAGGAAAUACCGUAUUCACCGUUUCUUCAAUGAAAUGCAGCAUUUGUUCAGGAAUGUAAAAAAGAGAAAGAAUUAUGGAAAGAAUCUAACUUGGCCGAACUAUCCUGUUGUCAUAAAAGACUUUAUGCCUAUUUUAACAUUGGCUUAUCAUCGAUGGUGGGCAUGGAUGAAGAUAGAAACCAUACCCAAGGAUGAACGGACAAUGUUUCACAUGAAAAUACUGACAGCAGAAAUGUUGAAAGGGCAACGGCCAGAAUGGGGUUUAAAACGAAAAUGGGAAGGCAACUAUCUCCUUCAGUGUAAGGAAAACACAAAUACUGCUGAUUAUGUUUCUCGAAUGAACAGUUUAAAAAAGAAAGAUGGUUAUUCAGCUGUUUUAUUUGCUUCUUUUGUUAGAAAGAUUAAUAAGAACAACAAGUCAUCUGAAAGAGCCGUGGCCAUCACUGACAGACAUUUUUACAAGUUUGAUCACAAAAAGAAAUUUAAAUUAAUGAAAUCUGGAAUUCCAUUUGUUAAUCUAACUGGUCUGAGCGUGUCACCAGAUACAGACCAACUUAUUAUAUUCCACAUGAAGGAUGGCAAUGAUCUUGUUGUAAGCCUUCAACAUCCAGGCCAAGAAGACAGAGUUGGAGAAGUGAUUGGUGCUAUUUGCAAGAACUGGCAUCGCAUAACCAAACAAGAUUUAAAAAUCUUUGUUGGGAAGAAUUUGAAAUGCAUGCUGGGAGAUAAACAGCGCAAUAUCCGUGUGCAUUUCUCUGCUGAUUAUAUCAACCGUGAACCAGAGUUUCGUAAAGAAAAUGGUAAUAUGACACUAAUGUGGCCUGCCAAUGCGAAUAAGAUGCUGUUUAAUAAUUCCUAACUAUUACUGACUUUUAUUGGAAUCUUGGAUUUGCUGCUGUUUGGCUGUCAAAUUGUUGCCAUGGUUACAUACAACAUAUAAAAAUUAAUCAUUCCACCCCAACCACUACUUGGUUCUUCACAUACUUUUUUCAUUUUUUUUUUUUUUGACAAUAGAAAAUAGUUUCUCAUAAAUCCAAAUAUUCUGAUGAGAAUUGCAAUUCUACAAAUUAAAGAGCAACGAAUUUUGUUUAAAAAAAACAAUGACCUGUUAAGUCUUUCAUAGUUUCACCUCAUGAUGAAACAUUCAUACACACACACACACUUAUAUAUAUAUAUAUAUAUAUAUAUAUAUAUAUUGUUGAUAAUGGAGAUAUAUAUAUAUAUAUAUAUAUUUAAUGAUGGGCAUUUAAUCCAUAAUCAUUACUCUAACAAAAUAUAUCUUGUUUCACGUAUGGCUCUUCAGGUGAAACCAAAUAUAUUUUGCUCGAUGAAUGAUGAUAAAUUAAAUGUUUAUUUCCUCUCAGAUGUAUCUUUGAGUCCUUUAUUCUAAGUGGCCGUCAGAACUCUCCAUGUAGAAAGUGAAAGAGGAAAUUACUGCAUAUAAACAAAUCAUAUUUAAUCACCGUUAUGGCAAGUUAUAUUAGUUAUCAUUUCACUAGUGUAGCUAGAGUGGCUGUCACCCCUGAGCCCCACAAAAAACAUAUAUUGCCUACAGCAGACCCAAAAGGGGUGCUGCCCAGGAUGGACUGUCCUCCUCUCUGCCCUACCCCUCUCUAGUUGCACUAAUGCACUAUAUGGCAUAUUUCAUUUAUAUUUGAACAGUACACAUAUUCUCUGUGUCUCAGGUAAUAUAAGUUCAAGAAAUUCAAGGCUUGGUAUAUAUAUAUAUAUAUAUAUAUAUAUAUUCAGCUUGUCUGUUGCAAACGAUAUAUAUAUAUAUAUAGAAAGGUUUUAUUAUGGAUUAGGACACCAUUUUCUCACUGAGCUCAAAACUAUAUAAACAAGAGUUUUCAACAAAAACGAUGUAAAUAUUAACUCCAGCUGCACAAUUGAUAUAGUUAACUGCUGCACUCAUCAAGUCUAAGUUACCAUCCAAAUCUAGCACUACAAUAUUUUGUCCAUUUAAUGAUAAAUAUAUCACUAUGACUCUAAUGCAUCAAUCUAGAAUUCUAUUAACAUUGAAAAACAAAGAAUAACACUCAUUGAGCAUGUUGAAAAAAUACAUAAUAAAAUAAAAAUAAAUGAAAUACUACAUAUCCAGAAAUUGAUCUAUUAUUGAAUUCCGUUUACUUAUAUCAAAAGGCCAAUAAAAUGCCUUCUCUGUCUUGCAGAAAAGUAUGAUAUUCUUACACAACCUAUUAAUAAGCUCUAUCGAAAGACAGUACAGAAAUGCUGUCAUGAUAAUAACUGCUAAAAUUAUUAUAAUAAUUUAUUAUAGCUGCAAUGAUGAUACUUCACUACUUGACUGAUUGUGUGGUAAUAGCAACAGAUUACGUAUCAGCAGUACCAUUCCAACCCAAAUGAUCAUCAAUCAGAUUAAUCAUGUCAAAUUGACUGAUUGGAUUAAAGCUGGAAAGAAUGCAGCUCAUACAUUCAUUAUAAAUUCAAAUUUAAGAAUAUUUGAUAAACUGAUAGGUUGACUAAUAUUAGUGAGAGUAAAGCUUUGAAUAGAUGAAUUCUAUUAUGUGUAAUCAACGUUCUUUAUCUUGUACUUGUCUACCCAACACACACACACACACACAUACACACACAAAGUAGUAAUAGUGGGUGUAUAUAGCUUGAACAAAGAAGUGUACACCUGAAAAUCAUUUCUAAUGAGAAAUUAAACGUUU